AUGGCGGCCACAGAGGGCAGCAGCAAGGAGAGCAUCGUCGCCGCAGCAGCUCGCCAUGACCAAGAUGCAAUCUGCCCAAUACAGCCUCCCACCUACUACGACGCUGCAGCAUCAUCCAGCUGCCAUACCAAACAUUUCCAGCCAAAUUGUCUCGCCAUAGACUCGGCGCCUUCCGUUUGCCGUGUUUCAUGCUCGCCGCCCAACGAUGCGAGUCGAGCAACAAGAUGCACGCAUCGGCUCGCCCAAUUCUUUACCAUUCCCCUCCCGCUCGCACUCGUCGUCGGCGUCGUCACCGCCGACAUGUCGAACCUCGAGUUCGUCCAUCUGGUGCACAGCAAAGUGGACGUACCUAUGGACCAGUGGACGCAGCCGUCCGACGACGUGCUCAACGCCAACAAGCUGCAAUGGACGUUUCUCCAGUCCGCUUACCUCCUGCCGCUCAUGCUCUUCGCCGGACCCCUGCUCAUUCUCCAGUUCGUCUUGCUCGUCGGCAGACUUCGAGCCGCCCGCGUCGUCGAUGGUCUCAACGUCUUGCUCGGAUUGACCGUGCUCGUGGUCGGCACAAUGACUCUGCUCACGGCCUUUGUCGGCACUUCUGUCGUAGGCGUCAUCUUUACCCGCAUGGCAGCGGGCAGCGUCGUCUGCAGCGCGCUCGGUCUCGUCACUCAGGCCGUCGAGCUGUUCCCAGCUUCCGAUGACCAAAGACAUAAUGGACAUGGCUGCAGUUCUUGCCGUCCUCGCCCUCCCGCUGCGGGCUUCUCGAUCGUGCUCUUCGGCAGUAUCUAUGGCCUCGGCAGCUCCUUUGCUUCCUGCUCGGUGUUUGCCGGCUACCAGCUGGCCACGCUGCUUCAGCGCAGCGGCGUGUCUUUUGACGGCACCGGCACAGGUCCCUCUCAAGGCUUCCGCACCCUCUUCAUGCUCGAGGGUCUCUUCAUUGUGGCGCUGGCGCCGCUCAUCGUCCUGCUUCUUCAUCUCUCGCGUCGCUGGCGACCACAACAACGCGCCUACAACUCGGUUGAGCUCACAUGGUCGAAACAAGAUGCCGCAGCACCAGGGUCGCAAUCCAACCAGCAAGGCUACGAACUAGCCGACGUCUCGCUCGCUCUCACCGUCGAGUCCAAACACGCGAGCGGGCACACAGAUGUUCCGAAUGUCUCGGCCAAAAUACAGGACCACGCUCCCGACAUCGAGGUCGCCAGUGAGGAUCGCGCCCAAGACCCUCACCGGGACAUGGCAUCGGAAGAAACGGACGACAAGAAAGAGAGCACGUGGCUGGCGGGUCUACGUCGCUUUUCCACGCCGCUAGCAGGCGUCUCGAUCCUCACGCGCGGUUCGGGUGGGGGCUCGACUACGGGCUUCAACAUGCAGUCGCUCACCAAAGCACACACGGGCUUCGGCUUGUGGGUGUCGGCGGUGCUGCGGCGCAUCAUGGUGUUAGUGUACGGCAGCAUGGGCGUGCACGAGGCGGCGUUCGAUCUCAUCAGUGCCGGCACCUCGUCGCGCGAGACGUUCAUCUGCGGCGUGCUCAUCGUGUCCAACACGGUCAUCAUCCAGCUCGCCGUGGUUUCGCUCAUCGAGCCGCUCAAGGCGCCGCGGCUGCUGCAGGGCACCGAGGUGGCGGACGACUACCUCGACCCGGCGCUCAAGCGCGUGCCUGCGCUGCCUGGCUUGCCCGCGCUCGUCGGCGGCGUCAGCGGCGGCAUCUCGGCAGUGGUGUGCAGCAUGCUGGCGGCCCAACCGGCGGCAGAGUGUGCACGAGGGGGCAGGCGUGGGAUGUUGCAGAGAUGGAGGCGGAGGGUGUGGUGGGUGCCUGCGCUGCUGACGGCGUGUCUGGCCAUCACGAUUGUCGGCCUCGCGCUCGCUGUGGUGGCGAGCAUCCUCGUGCCCACAGGCGACGGCGGGGUGUGGAUGGUCUAUGCGGCGACGGUGGUGUCGAGCGUAGGCAGCACGCCGCAGCUGCCGCUCGCGCUGCUGCAGAUCUACACGGUCAUGGACGCCGAGCGACCAGCUAGGCGUGCGACGAGCCCGACGGUGCGCAGGAUUCGGUGGGAGCGGCUGGGCGCGAUGAUCUCGACGCUCACCACCAUCGGCGCCUCCGAGCUGCUGACGGCGUGGGUGUUUCUCAUGCCCGACGCCGCGCAAAAGGCGUUCCUAUUCACCAGCGUGGCGCUCGCCGUGGGCGGAAGUGUAUGGCUGAUGCUCAGGCAUACUCGAGCGUCGCGGGGAAAUCGAUCCAGAGCGCUGGGCGCCUGA